CCUCUCUACAGGACAGUCCUCGUAGUAACUCCUCUCCAUCCGCACUUGUCAAGCCCCCCUCAUUCUGUCGUCCCGAAGGUUCUAGACCUUCCAGGGAAGAGCCUUUGUCCCUUAGCUCCUCCUCGGUCACGUGAUGCUGUCGCCUAGCAACGAGAGUCGCACCACAGCCUCGGUGGAGCAGAGCUGGCCUGCUGCCAGGGCCAAAUGUCCGAGGAAAACCCCCAGGAGUGUGUGGAGCCUGCGCUGCCCAAGGCCGAAGCGCCCCUGGAGAAAACCAGCGACUACUACCGCGUGAGCGAGCACCUGCCGACCCGCUUCAACAACCCGGGGUGGUUUCGUGGCUACAGGGCCAGGGAGGCAGCCUCGAUGUACAGGACCAGUAACCAGGUUUAUGGGAGCAGAGCACCCACCGUGCAUGAGAUGCCGAAAGUAUUUUACUCAAAUUCAAGUAAGUUUUCCAGACAGCUCUCAGCUUGUGGAAUGUUCCGGGAUAACACGCUCAAUGUCUGCAUGGAGAAGAGCAUCGUGACGGGCCCAGACAACUACAUCACCCCCUGUGAUCGGCUUAACUUCCACCCCAGUUACAACGUCAGCAGGCCGUCCUUCUGUGACUAGGGGGCGAGUCUUCCACUCCAGCCGCCAGCCUGUCCCUCAGUGAUUUGCCCAAUUGUCAAGGAACACAUUUCACAUCUUUCUCUGAAAAUAUUUUUCUCCCUGGAAUAGAGCAAUAUGCAGAAA